AUGAAACGUAGUUAACCUAGCAAAGAAGAUUUAUUAAAAGAAGAAUAUGUGACAACUUUAACAUACUUCUUACGUGAUAGUAGUGUUUAUGAUUGUUUAUCUAUAAAUAAUCAAGUUUCUGUUGUUGAUAUGACAUUGUCUCUUUUUGAUACUUUCAAAAUUUUUAUUGAUUCUCAUGUUGAUGAAGUAUUGUUUUGGAAUCAAGAGAUUGCUAAUUAUGAUGGUGUAUUUACUUAGACAGAUCUCAUCAAAACUGUUUUAAAGUGUUAUUACAACGUGCUUUAUGAAAUUCCAAAUAGUAAUUUAAUAAAUCUAUUUUUAGAUAGUUUGGACAACAAAUAAUAUAGCAACCAUUAUUGAAAUGGAGAAUGAAGAUGAGUCAUAUUCACCAAUCAAGAGAACCAUAUAUGGUAGAUUAACUAUAGAUUAAUUCAAUUAAUUAUUAUAAGAUUUUAAGAAUAUUUCUGUCAAGGUUUGGUUUAAUAGUGUUGGAGAAAAUUUGCAUUAGAAUUGUCUUAUAAAAGCAGAAUUAGAUGAAAAUUUAAAUGAUGUCUGCUAAAAAUUUAUUACAGAAAAUAUUACUAGAAUUAUUGUUAUAGAAAAGGAGUCGAAAAUGGUAGCAGGAAUUAUUUAACAAAAAGAUAUUCUCAGUUUUCUAGUAAAGGGGUUUAGUUAAUAUUUUGCUUUAAAGAAACAUUAAAAUAAAACAACUACUAUCCAUAAUGAAUAACAUGAAUUACAAAUGGAAUAUUUUAAGGAUGAAGCAACAAAAUUAUAAUUUACUCUUCCUGCAGAUAUUCCUGUUUAUGAGUAUCAAUUAAAUUGUAUUAUUAGUCUAUUUUAUAAAUUAAUUUACAUUUACAAAAGGAAUACUAUUGCUAUAGUCGAUAAAUAUAAUAAAUAUUUGGGGUUGAUUGAUAGAAGAGAUUUCUUGUUUAUUCUGAAAUAUUAGAUGUUUGAUAUAGUAAUAGCUAAUUAUUAUUUUUAAUAGUUAGCAUCUACAGCAGAAAAGUUUUUGUCACUUAUUAAAACUGAAGAUUCCAAAUAUUUGGCUUAUUAUAUAAGGAAUAAAGAAUAGUUUACAUUCAAGCAAACAUUAAAGCAAGUAAAUCAAGUUAUCAAAUAUAUAUUAAGGUUGUUGAAAACCUUUUAUUGUCACCUAGAGGCAGUUUAGUAUGUUUAGAUAAUGAAGAAAGAGUGGUUUCGAUAUUUUAAAUAUCAGACCUAUUUAAAAUAUUUGUAACAGAUAAUUAGAAUAUAGAAAAUUCUGGAUGAU